GUGUUCUUCAGUGAUGGGGCUUCUCCAAUGUCAUUUUUGAUGAGAUGCUGAAUACUUAACAGCAGCAAAGUAGGGUACAGUGAAAAAGCAAAUGAGUUGUCUUUCUGAUCUUUUGUUCAGAUUUUAACAGCAUUAAUGCUUACAGAAGUUCUCGUUUCCUAAGUAGAUACUUGAGAUCAGCCAGUUAACAUUUCUGAGCACUUGUCUGCACCAAAACCCCACUAGAAAGUGCUCAAAUGCUAGUUCAAAACAAGAGGCAAUAUAUCUCAACCAAGAGUACCUCUUGAUCUUCAAUUUCCAUUGACUGGUGGCAAAGGCUCCUAGUCUUGGAGCCUCUUAAGUUGUGCUGCCACAGAUAUGAAUAGUUGAUUCCAACUUUGCUAAAAUGCUUCUUCAACUGACCAGUCUCUUGGUUCUCAUGCAUCACAGGUUCAAUGUUUAAGUUUGUUGCUGGAGAAGCAAAGGCUGUAACCACAUGUCAAAGCCAUCUGCUGCUAUAGUUGGAGGUGCUGCUGGGGCAUUUGCCUUGGUGGCAAUAGUCAUCGGAGUCGUGUGGUUCUACAAGACACAUUGCAAGAAUCUUUCAAACAAGAAUUCAGAGACAGGUUCCUCAGAUCCAUCUGCAAUAGUGGAAUGGAGUAGGGGUGGACCCAGUUCCGGGGUACGGCAGGGAGCAAGGCUCUUCACAUUGGAGGAGCUAGACCAAGCUACCAAGCAUUUUGAUGAAAGCAGCCUCCUGGGAUAUGGAAGCUUUGGCCUGGUUUAUAAAGGCUUGCUCCGUGAUGGGACGGUUGUGGCUAUCAAAAGGCGUCCUGGUGCUCCUAGACAAGAAUUUGUCUCAGAGGUAACGUAUUUGUCGGAGAUUCAUCAUCGAAAUUUAGUUACAAUACUGGGUUACUGCCAGGAAAGUGGAUUUCAAGUAUUGGUAUUUGAACAUAUACCGAACGGCAGCGUGUGCAAUCACCUAUAUGAUACUAGACUAGAGUCAUCAACUAAACUUGAGUUUAAGCAAAGGCUAUCCAUAGCUGUAGGGGCUGCAAAAGGGUUGUGCCACUUGCAUGGCCUAAAACCUCCCAUGGUACACAAAAACUUCAAAACAGCCAAUGUCUUGGUUGAUGAGGACUUCAUUGCCCACGUUGCAGAUGCAGGGAUUGCAAAACUACUUGAAAAGAUUGAAGAAGCAGGUCCUUCUCGCACGUCUAGUGUCAAUAUUUUCCAAGAUCCAGAGGUUGGAGCAUCUGGGGUUGCCUCUGAAAUGAGUGAUGUGUACAGCUUUGGGGUUUUCCUUUUGGAGCUUCUAACUGGACAGGAGGCUUUGGACAUUGGCUCCUUGGGAUCAAAUGAAAGCUUGUUUCAAUGGGUGGAAUCACGGCUGAGUUCAAAUACUCUGGUGGACAGGCGGCUAGUCGGAAGCUUCACUGGAGAGGGAAUGAGGGACUUGAUCAGGCUGACACUGCAAUGCAUGAGUUUUCCAGGAAGAAGAAGGCCCAAGAUGGAGAUGGUUGUGGUUGAGCUUGAGAGAAUUAAAGAGAAAGAAAUGGCAAUGACAACAGUGAUGGGGGAGGGUACUGAUACAUUCGCUCUCGGGAGUGUACUAUUCACUUGAACAUGAGCUUGGGCAAAGCUCAAGCUCUAACCACACCAUCAAAAACAUCAUCUUAUAGCUUGGCUAGAACUAUUUGUAAUGCAAGACCUAAACUGCUGUAAAUUUGAUUUUCCAUUUUAUAUUCAAAAUAAAUGCAUGAAGCUGUAGGAUUC